AUGGAUGUAGAGAUUGCCUCAGUUUCAAAGAAGAAACUGAUAAUGAAGCCAUUUGAAGAACCUGAAGACAUUCAACAAUUUCCAGAAGGACUGAUUGAAAAUGAAAACUGGAGCAUUGUGUAUAAGAAGGAGGGUGGUGUUCUAAAUAAUUACACGUUCUUUUUGAGAGACAAACACUUGUAUUCCACAUGUGAUGUGAACCAAAUUCUAGAAAGGGCUAAAGCAAACAAGACCAACAUUGAUUCGGAUAUUAAAUUUGUAUCGGAUAUGACCAAGUGGUAUCUGGCAUUCAGGGCAUCACUUCUGAAGAUUAUGCCAAAGAUCUUUGAUGCGCCUAGGCAACAAUGA